AUGACUACGGAUGAACCCAAUGCUUCGACACCCGAUAAGGUCACUGAUUUGACUGACACUGGUAGCACUUCCAACUCUGUAGCGUUGAACUGGACAGCCCCUGCUGACAACGGUGCUAUGAUAUUGAGGUAUAUCAUCAGUGAGGGUGAUAAUACCUAUACAGUUGAUGGUCAUGAUACAUCAUACACUACGCCUUUCUCUGAUGGUGUAAGUGUAAGUUGGAGUAAAGCCAAUAAUCCUCAAUGUGAUCUACCAGUAACUGCCUAUCGUGUUAUUGAUGAUGAUGGUAAUGAACUAUGCCAAGUAGCAGCUAAUGAUGAUGAUGGUGCUCUAUGGUGUGAUGUUACCGGCCUACAGCCCAGUACUUCCUAUAAUAUCAGAGUACAAGCUAAGAACUCUGCUGCUGGAUGGUCUACUAAGUCUUCAUCACCUGUUAAGAUGUCUACUAUUGCUAGUUAA